CACACACAAUGGCCAAGCCUGUAAUUGAACAUCGUCCGACGCCAGUGCGAUCGGUCGAGGGGGUCGGGAAAAUUACACUUGUAGUUUAGUUACAUGCUCCCCAUUGACGGGCUGGCUAGAGCUAUCUCGCCGGCGUGAGGACGUUCGUCGCCCGCUCUCGCCAUUCCGCGCGUUGCGUGCGUCCUUUCAUGGCGUCAUGAUUUGAACUUUCUUCGAAGCCCCAGCAUCCAUACUCACCGUACGCACGCACGCACGCACUGGCAGAUUUCAUGAAUUGCCACCACGCUACGGCAUUCUCUACAACUCACUCCAAUUAACUGCGCAUUUCGCCAUUCCACUUCGUGCUUCUGCCCCCAAUUCCCUGCCUUUUGAUUCCGUAUACAACUUACACUUAUCCAUUGCGCAUCUGCAGCAAGGGUCCGAUCGUCAGCCCCGCCAUAUCAUUCGGAGGACCUCCCUCUGUGCUCCUUUGGCAGAACUGCUUGAUAGUAGUAGCAGGAGGAGGAAUAGGAGGAGAAGGAGGAAGGGGAGCUGAAAAGCCUCCUUCAAGCCAACAAACUUGAAGCUGAAUGAGCACAGCCCUACGCGGAUCCCCCUCAAGGAACCAACCCAACAACUUCCGAUUACAUUCCUCCCUCAGAGCGAACUCGUUGCAGCAGGCACAUACGAGACGAUAUCACAAGCGGCGGACCCCCGAGUUUCGACGAUCCGUGUGUCUCUCCCAUCAACAGCUUUUCUGCGCAUACAACGUCACACGCGAGGCCAUAGCAAGGCAAAGAAAAACAUCCCAGCCCAGCAUGUGCUUCCACUUUGUCUCCUGGAACGCCUGCCCCGUCUGCUCCACCACCUUCAACCGCCGGCGCAACCUCGUCCCCUGCUGGAACGGCGACAUUGCCUCUCCGCUAUCCUCCUCAACCUCUUCAUCCUCAACCUCUUCAUCCUCCCCCUCGACCUCCACAUCAUCAUCCUCAUUCCCCUCCUGUCCAUCGUCCCUACGCCGCCCCCGCGCCGCCAUCCACCUCCUCCGCCACCACGGCCUCCGCUGCCGCAGCGGCCACUACUCCGAGUCCGACUCCGAGACGUACACCGACCGCCCCUGCGGCGCGUGCGCCGCCCGCAUCGCUUGGAACAAUACCCGCGGCAUCGGCCGGGGAGGGACAACAGCUGCCGCGCGCCGGGACGGCGUACUGCAGCUACAGUCGGCGUCGUCGCAGUGGCAGGUCGUGGAACAGCAGGUCUCGUACGGCGGCGGCCCGGACAGGAUGCCGCUCGGCCACAUCGACUUGAGGCUGGCGCAUGUCGAUCAUGUCAUGCCGCAGCGCAGCAAAGCCGAGUGUGGCGUGCCACAGCGGGGGAGGCGCGGGCCGUAGGUAGGUAGGUAGGCCGGGGGCCCCUGGCGGUGGUUGAUGGACAACCGGACCGUUUCUGGGAUGGAACAUGCGAGGUCUCGCAUUCGGGAUGAAAAGUGAUGUGAGAUGAAAAGGGGCUACAUAGUUGUUCAGUUCAGAUGACAGGGGCGCAACGACAUCUCGGGUUUCAUGGAAGUGGUAGUAGCCAGGCGUCAGGAGUCUUGUUUGGGCAUGCUCUUUAACAUAUCAUUUCGCAUUCACGUGUUCUUUCGUUUCACUUGAAGAGCCUGUGAACAAGCUCCAAGUUGAAACGUCAUAUCAAUGGAAUUAAUGUAUACCCAAUCAUGG